AUGGAGGGCAGGUGUUUAGAAUACAAUGAUGGCAUGGCGUCUCGCAAUCUCGCCAGAUUCCUUUGCGUUCUACCCUGUCUAACCGACCUCACAAUUACGGAUUCACAGGAAUCCCCUUCAUGGCUUUCUGAAGACUUCUACCAGGAGAUUGCUCUUCGGGGUCCGUCUUCAAUGAACAAUUUCUUUAACAAGAAGCUACACAUGGAUGAAAGUUCAGAAAAGUUGAGGCAAAUGGAUCUUAGGCAACAAAGUGAAUACAUCGGACAUCUCCUUCACCCCACAUCAUCAGAGAAAACACCCUGUCCAACUAGUCGAGCCCCUGAACCUCUGUCGUCGCAUCAAGGGUCCGUGGAAGAACAAAUAGAACACCCGUUAGUGACUCCAUCAGAUUUAGAUGUUCCCUCCUCCAGUGGAAUAAAUGCACAAAGUGACAAAAUACCUGAAGUGCCAGCGGAUAUUCAAGAAGCGAUUACGGAGGGAGAGGCCCCGUGGAACAGAUCUCGAAUAAUGGUCAUUGGUCCUGCAGGUGUUGGCAAGACGAGCCUAAUCCGUCGACUCACAGAUCAGAAUUUUAAUCCAGAUGAAAAAAGUACAAAAGGAGCGGAGCAGAAUGUUGUUACCAAGAGCGCAGUUAGCAGCUGGAUAAUAAUUAAAGAUGCUCAAUCAGGUAAUGGCACUCCAGUUGAUAAUUUUUGA